AUGGCCGGGCUUCAAAUUGACAUCUAUGUCAGCAUCGGCAUCACGUGGCUCGCGGCUUUAGUAGCGCUUUCAAUGCGAAUGGUUGCACGGCAAUUAACGGGCAUCAAGUGGUGGCUCGACGACUGCUUCUCGAUUCUAGCAUUCAUCGUUCCCUUCAACGACUGCAUUGACAUUUUCUUACCAGGGACACUGCACUGGUCACUCGGAAAGCGCAUGCCCGAUUCUCUAGGCGACCCGGCUCGACAGGCUGUCCUGUACCAGGCCCGAAAACUUGGAUUCUUCAACUCGCUUUGUUACGCCACAUCGCUCGCCUUCUCCAAAAUGUCUAUACUGCUUUUUUACUGGAGAUUGUUCAAGCUCUCUGCUAUCCGGUUACCCAUCUUAAUCCUUCUGAUUAUAGCCCCAACAUGGCUCAUCUUUCGAACGUUCAUGCUAGCCUUCCGCUGCGUCCCUACGCGCGCGAUCUGGGACAAGUCAAUACCCGCAACUUGCAAAAUCGAUGGCGAUAAGUUCUUCCUGGCCACAAUUACUACGCACUUCAUGCUGGAUAUGAUCAUCCUAGUCCUUCCCAUGGUUCCAGUCUGCCGCCUCCGAAUGCCGCUACAGCAGAAACUAGCCGUUGCGAGCUUCUUCCUACUCGGCGCCAUUGUCUGUAUAGCAUCCUGCAUUGUACUUGUGAUUCUCAUCCGCUUUCCGGCCGAUACGAAGCAACUGCCGUACGACUAUGCAACAUUUUGUAUCUGGGGGGCAGUCGAGGUCAACAUCGCCGUUGUGUCUGGGUGCUGUCCCUUGUUGCGACCAGUGAUCCGAUACAUAUGCCCAGGUCUUUUCGGUAGCACUUGGGCGACUCGCCAGACUACCACUGCGUCUGGAAGGGCGAUACGACUGGGCAAGACUUUGAAGAUCAAUAGAACAGAGGAAGAUGGCGACUCAAGCUCAACGCGCAACCUCGCAUAGAGGGGAGACAUUUUCUCGAUCGCGAACAUGUACCAGAAGAAGUUCAUGCGGUCGUCUCAAGGAACUCAGAUGAUCGGGAUAAAUUGAAUACAACCGCGCAAUCAGCUUCAAAUAACGAC